GCGGCCAAGCUUUCUCUCGCUCUUACUGCCGCCAACUGCUGGCAAUAACACAAACGAAUUUCUCCAGUUUAUUAAUAUUGAUAUAUAUUCGAUGCUUAGGUUUUCUCGUAUGAUUUGAUUGUGCCUCUUUUUUUAGGUGUUCUCGUUCAUUUUGAUUGCUCAAAAGAGCGUGUGAAACAAUGAAUUCAGCUCCAUUUCAUUCUUAUUCCGGUGCACCUGCAGCACCUCCUUCAAAUCCUUGGUUGCCAAUAUUACCACCUGACCCACCACAAUCUAGUGCUUUUUGGGAGACGAAAAAUGUGCAUGAUCGAUUCAGCGAAUUACAGGAUACUCUGAUUCUCGCAAAAGCAAUGCAGAAGGAACUAGAGGCCUUGAUGACAUUGAGAGAUGCUAAAGGAUCUGUAGAACAUGGGGAAAGGGGGUCCAUUGAUCCUGUCACCUCUAGCUUUUCCGAUUAUUUGAAACAGAGAAACAUUGACUUUGAAGCACAAGAAUCACUUUCACUGGAUGCUGCAAAUUCUUUGAUGUCAAAAUUAAGAGCUCAGUUAGAACCGUUCCGAUCUCUCGUAGAUGAAGCAAGUCCCUGGGAGGAGAAAUCAGCAUUAGUUAGAUUGCAUGAGAAAAUGCUAAAGUCUAAGCGAAAUAAACUUUGGAGGAAGAGAAAGAGAAAACGUGUUGCAGAAAUGCGUGCAAAGAAGCCUGAACAAUUUGACCAAGCCGAUAGAGAAGCUGAUGAAUGUAGGGCCAGGGAGAUUGCCAAGGAUGCUGCACAACUGAAGAUGGCAAAGAUGAAAGAAAUUGCAAAACUUAAAGCAAAAGAGGAGAGGAAGAGACUAGAAUCUGAGCUUGAGCUGGUUUUGAUGGUGGAGAAGUUGCAAGAAUUACGCUCCAUCAGGAUCCAAAAAUUGAAAAAACAAGGGCAUUUUCUUCCAAAGGAGGAUGAUGAGUUUCUUGAGAGAGUUAGGGCUGCAGUUGAGGAAGAAGAGCGGCAAGCAGUGGCUGCUGCUGACACAGAUGCUGCGAAGGGUGCCAUUGCAACCGCUGAGGAAUCUAGGAAAGCAAUCCAGAGUCUUGCACCCAUCUCAAAGAAUUCAAGUGCAAAUAAUGGUGAAACUAAGGAGAGUAAAAGCAAGGUAACUGAGAGCAAAGACAGUGUAGACUCUGUUGUAGUCACUGGCCCAUCUGAAGAAAGAGCUGAAGGUCAAAGUUAUAGUGGAGCAUAUGAUUCUGUAGCAAAUUUGCCAGUGGAAUUCUACCACUAUUAUCAUGGCAGCAAUAAUGAUAUGGGCACACUUAUCGAGGUCAGAAGAACGUGGGAUGCAUAUAUAAGACCAGGGGGAAGCCGCAUUCCAGGGCAUUGGGUUCAGCCGCCACCUCCAGCAAAUGAAAUAUGGGCAUCUUACCUUGUCAGGCAUCAAUGACUCCUCACUGAGCUAAAAGGCAGCAUCGGCUUCUGUAACUGGUAUUUUGAGAAAUUCUAAAAGCAGUUGCAAGCUCCAAGCUUUUCCUUAUACUGGGAAAUUGCAUAGGCGCCCUUCAGUUUGGAAUUACAGUGACUGGUAACUUGAAAGCAGUGAAUUAUUCUAAUGCAUUUGUUUCAGAGCUGAACAACAAAGCUGCGCCAAAACAUUGCAUCCAGCAGCUCUUUACUCUCAACGUCUGUCUCUUCCAUAAGCUUUAUAUGGGCCUUGAUCGCAAAGCCACACUUUCAAAGAAGGCCAAAAAUUGACCUGCAAAAGCAUUUGGAUCCUUUCUUUUUUUAAGGGCUAGGUCACAAACUUUACUUUAGUUCUCAUCUGAUACCAGAAAUGCUAUCAAAGGACUUGCAAAAUACCCAAUUAACAAGUUCUUUCGUCAUGCAUAUCAACAAUUAUUGAUAUACUACGAGAAUGCAGGUUUCAUUUGCAUUCCCAGAUAACAUGUAAAUGGGACAUACGAUUUGAAAUAAUCUUUUUUUUUUCUUUUCCUUUCCUGUAUUGUAGAAUGUUCUGAUACUCUCCUGCUUUAUCAUGAUGCUACAAGGAUUCUUGUUUUCUCAUUCAAA